ACGACGACCACGACGUUCGACGCCGCCGACGCCCUCGUUCCCGGCUACACACGCGCGAUGGACUUGGCUGCUCAAUCUGGCCGGGAACAUGCCGCUGACCAGAUGCAGGCUGCGCAUUCCAUUGGCUGCGGGUCAUCGGCACCUCGGCAUGCCGAAGACGCGGCACAGGCGGAAACGUUCCAACACUCGCCCGGCAUCCAACAAAUCGACUUCGACGAUGAGAAUAAGCCGAGCCGCAAGUCUUCCUUCGUCGCCGAGCAGGUCACGCAAGUACCCGCCGCGUCCAUCCACAGCGGCUUCUUCUCACCUGCUCUCGCACCUAUGCGGCGUCGGUAUUUCAUCAUCCUCGGGCGGGCCACGCUCUUGAUCAUGGGCCUCAUGUGGACAUGUCUCCCGAUUUACUGGGGCGCCCUGAACGAUUCGGCGAAGCUUACGGGCAACCUGGAGUCCUGGUUCAUCGACAGGGACGGCGGGCGCGUCGGCAGGGGACUCUCACAAGCUGCUCAACAGUAUACAGCCCCGGGACCGCAACUCACGUGGCAGUUCCUCAACGCACGCGACGUCGGGGACGACAACGACAUCAUCAACAUGGUCCUCCAGGAGCAAGUAUGGGUUGUUGUCGUCGUCCAGCCGAAUGCCUCGACUAUACUGUCUGCAGCUCGUACUAAUGGCGAUAAGACUUACGACCCUAGGACCGCCAUCAAAGUAUACUAUUCCCAAGCACGAAACGAGAUCGCAACGGGAAACUACAUCGUUCCGCUCACGACCCAGAUGCUUCAAGUCACGACAUCCGCGUAUGCCACAUCCACGGCGCAGAGAGUCUUUGCACAGAUAGACUCGAAUGGCCAGCCAAAUUCGACGGCGCUGCAGAUGAUCGCGAACGCCCCCCAGACCAUCUCGCCAGCAAUAAGCUGGACGAUGGUCAACCUUCGACCGUAUACGUCGCCGGCUGCUCAAGCCGCUACGCUUGUCGGCAACAUUUUUCUCUGCAUUUUCUCAUUUAUGAUCACUAUGGCGAACUCGACUGCGAGGGCCAUAGUCGCUCCACACAUGGCUUUCUUGCCCUACUUAGCCCUCCGGCUCGCGGUACCCCUUAUCGCAUACCUGCCGUUGAGCAUGAGCUACGCCCUCGUGAACCUCGCUUUCAAGCUUCCGCUCGGGACCAAGUACGGUCUCGGUGCUGGCUUCAUGCUGUCCUGGGUGUACAUAUACCUCGGCAUGGCGGCCCUUGGGCUGUCUAUCGAGGCCAUGAUCACUAUCCUCACGCCCCGAUUUACGCCGUUCUUCCUUUUUAUGCUGAUAUUGUAUAACGUUUCACCCGUGGUUCUGCCCGACGAGCUGCAACCUCCGAUAUAUGCCUACGGCGGCGGCUUCCCGAUAUGGAACCUCUCGCAAGCCCUCAGGACGAUCAUGUUCGACACCAACUCGCAGCUAGGCCGCAACAUCGCGGUCAUCAUCGCAUGGAUCCUCCUCUCCUGUGGCACGAUUACCGUCUUUACCUGGUACAUGCGCCGGCGAGAGCGGCGGAUCCUGUACGCGCUCGCUACUCGGCCGGCGAAGAAAAGUGCGGACGACGCGCCGCCAAAAUCGUCCAAGGGAAAGGAGAAGACCGUGGAGUGAUAUCUUAAUCUAUGUACGGACCACUAGACCGGAUUGUAACGCAUGGAUAGGUAUACCGUGGAUGGAUUAACACAUUUGCU